AUGGCUACAGUCGCGCAGAAAGAAAAGGACAAGGUGCGUUUUGCCCCGACCCGGACUACCUUGGGCGGACCUCUCAUCCUUGUCCAGGGCAACGCCGCAUUCAAAGCGGGCGAUUUCCCCACUGCCGUUGGUCACUAUACCGCUGCAUUCAUCGCUGACCCCACAAAUCCAACCUACCCGCUGAAUCGUGCUGCUGCAUAUCUCAAGCUCGGCAAAAACGAAGAUGCGGAGAGGGACUGCGACGCGGUAUUACGUCUGGACAAGAAGAAUGUGAAAGCUCUUUUCAGACGGGGACAGGCGAGGCUCGCGUUGCAGAGAUUGGAUGACGCGAGAUCAGGAUCUUCACCGAAGCGCGAGGUUCCGCAAACGCUGGUCGCGUUCAUGCGCAUAUGGGAGACGCUGCGUACUCAGGAUGAGCGAUGGGACCAAAUUCCCGCCACACGCUUUCCGGUACUCUUCAAGACGUCGCUCGAUGCGUCUCUCUUAGCUGCACUCCUCCGUACCGUACGAGAAGCUCAAGAAGCUGCACCUGACGACGUUGGGAGCGCUCAAACAGCGCAUGCAUUUAUGGUCAAUAUGCCACGGGUGCCCCGGUUCAAUACGGUAUCGAUGAUGAUGAGCGACGGGGAGCGGGAAGAUGCGCAAGCGGUGUGGGACGUUCUCGGACGAUCGCGUCGAGAAGGAGUCGAGGGUGAUAUGGACAAGCGGAAGGAGGAUGGGUCAAGAGCGGCGUGGGGAUGCCGCUGA